UUACAGUGGUCACUCCUCUACUUGCUGGGCAAAGACUGACAGAGAUAGACAGAACCAGAAGAGGACAGAGAUAGACAGAACCAGAAGAGGACAGAGAUAGACAGAACCAGAAGAGGACAGAGAGAAACAGAAGAACAAUACUUUGCCACCAUCCUGCAUCUAAGAAGUGGCUUUUGGGGACCUUACUACUCCUAAACCGGGACAUUGGAUCAACUGUGCUUACCAUGCGAGGAAUGCGUCUGUGUCUGAGCCUGGCUCUGUUGCUGCCAUUGUGCAGCCAGUGCCAAAGGAUGGGCUCUGCCAGUGCCAAGCUAGGAGAAGAAGACACAGAAAGUGACCUGUUGGCUGUCAACAUCGUAAACCGCAGUGGCAUCCUGGGCUCCCUGCUCCCCCCAGAGUUCCACCCAACCAUCCGGCACACCAGAGCCCCACGUCCGGCCUCCCAGGUCCCCAAGAGAGCUCAGCAAGGGUCCCGCUUUGCCCUGUCCCUGGAUGUGCCCACCAGCAUCCUCAGUGUCCUCAUAGACCUGGCCAAGAACCACGACAUGAGAGCCAAGGCUGCUGCCAAUGCAGAGCUGAUGGCACGCAUCGGCAAAAGGAAAUAAGAGCUGGGGUCACAUGGGCAAAGGCUUGGGGGGCAAUUCUCACCUCACCGGGGGUGUGGCUUUUCAAAACCAGGUUGAGGGAUGGAUAGGUUAUGGGGAGGAAGGAAGGGUUGUUAUUAGAGGAAAAGACAUCUUGAAGUCUUGAAUAAGUUUAGCCCUUUAUCUGUUUUAUAUUUCUAUUGCAUAAUUCUUACCUCAUUUUAUGCCAAAAAGUUCCACUGACUGUCUGUACAAAAACAUUAUGUAAAAAGAAUGACACAUUUUGCCAGUUAAAUGUCACUGAUCAAAUAUAAGAUGAAGCUGGUCUUUUGUCUCCGCUACAGUGAGCAUAAAUAAUAAUUUAUAGGCAGAAAU